AUGAUUCAACAAGUGUUCGUUGAGUACACCGUCAAAGUUUAUACCCCAGAUGCACUUGCGUGGAGUUACAACAUACUGACCGUAAGGAUUGAAGGACAAGGGAACGCAGAAACUACAGAACAUGUUUUGCACGAGACAACACAAGACACAGAAAACAACCUACACGUGAUUGCAUCAGAGUUCUAUGAUCUUGAUGUGGGCACUGUGAAGAGGAUUGACAUAAAAGCAAGCAGGACCCGAGACAAUGCUUCCUGCUGGUACCUAAACGAGACCAAGGUUAUUAAGGGAGGAGAAACGGUAACUGCAUUCUUCAGACAAGUGAUUCCACGAUGGCCGAAAAAAGGCGUUUGGUAUUCUGCUGCAGCAUGGCUUCGACCUUACGCCACCUACUCCGUAGAAAUUUACACGCCGAACACCGACAUUAAAGAUGUGUACAGACUGAAAGUUAUUAUUCAUGGAUGGGUGUUCGAGCGAACUGGCGAACACAUCUUGGUUGAUCCUAAGACUACGCCAACAACAGAAUCUAUAGGAGACAAACUUGUCAUCAAAGCCAGUUUCGUUGAUCGUAACGUGGGUGCGGUGUCAGGGAUUUGGAUAGAGCCAACAGUGACGGCUAAUUGGGCCAUUCAAAAGAUGAAGGUAACAAAGGAUGGGGAAACGGUAACUGCAAUGUUCAGUGGUGGAAAGAUACGAGCCGGGGAUGUCCACUGGAUAUAUCGUAAGUCAGCGCAAAAACCUUGCUAUAGAAAAUAUUUAUUGUUUUUGAAUUGUGAUGGCCACGUUUCCCUUUUAAAACUUGUUCUUCUUGCAGAAGUUUUAUCUCUAGCCCAGAAGAACGUCUUAAAACUUUAAUUGAAGUUUAGAACAGCUGUCUUAGGGAGAAUCGUUUUAUGUUGGCUUGCUCGAUUCAAGCUGUUAAAUGGAGCGGGUCUAUAUUCAGCCAAUAUGGGACAGUUGCCUCUCAACCAGCAACAAAAUUAAUUAUUGACGAUAGUAAUUUGAAAGUGGGAUUGUUGAUCUCUCUUAAUUCAAAUCUUAUUUUUCCUUGUGAU